UAAACCCUGUGGUUCCGAAGCUUAAUGUCCAGUGUCGUCAACAACCCAGAGCGUGCGUGGACUGAUUUCUAGCACGAAACCUGCAAUUGGGUUGUUGUUAUUGUUGUAGAAAGUUAUCCUCUGUACGAUCCUGAGAGUGAGAUAUUUGCUGGGUUGGUGGUUUACCCGAGAACUGAGAGAAUUCUGUCGAGGAAUUAGCACUAUCUUUACCCGCUUCGAUUGUGGUGAUUUUUAUUUAUUUAUUUAUUUUUUGUAUUUGUGUGGGUUUGGUGAUCGUAGGGUAGUUUUAUUUAUUUGUUGUGGAAUCGAAAUAGUUGCGUUGAAGAAUUGUUUUUUUGGGUGGCAUUCUGAGCUGGUGGAGAGAUGGCACAGACAGUGAGCGCUAUUGAUGGCGCUAUUGCUCACUUGGAUUCUAUUAUUGUUGGUCUCACUAGUUCUGAUCCUGCUCCUGCCCCUGCGGCCACUGCUGCCGUAAAGCACACCAAACCUGCAGUGCUCUUCGGUGAACCGAUUCGAAAACCGGAAGAAGUUGUGGACGUUAAGCCCAAGGUCAGCAAGAAAAACGAGGACAAGCCCAUCCCGGACAUUCUUAAAGGGCGCAACCUGAAGCUUCCUGGAGCAGCUGCUGCAAACAGCAAUGCAGUCACAAGCGGAAAUGAACAGAAUGACAACUUUGACAAGGCACUUAUGCAGGUAUCAUUGGUGCAAUCUGUCGAAAACCAUCCAAAUUCAGAGAAGUUGUAUGUCUGUAAAGUGGAUGUGGGCUGCGGCAAUAUAAAACAGGUUGUGGCAGGCUUAAAGAAAUUUGUGACUAAGGAGGAACUUGAAGGCAAAAAGGUCUGUACGAUUCUGAAUUUGAAGACUGCCAAGCUUGCGGGACAAGUUAGUGAAGCAAUGAUUUUGGCAGGUUCAGUGGCUACUGAGGAUGGAAGUGAGAUUGUCAAGGUACUUGAACCUCCAUCAGAAGCUGCUCCAGGGGACCGCAUCUUUCAAGAGGGCGGAGUUCCAAGUGCCAACCCUGCCAAGCAACUGAGCUCAAAAAUAUGGGAAAAAGUAGUUCCUCUUCUUCAAGUGAAAGGUGGAUUAGCAGUGUUCGACAGUAAGUCAUUGGUGACAUCCUCGGGUCCAAUUAAAGUUCCCGGACUGCCCGAUGGAGCUGGAAUUCAUUGAUUGCUAUGUUUGAGGUGUUGGCUUGUUCUGGCAUAUUGGCCUAUGGGUGGAGUAUUUGGCACAUUAUUUUCGCAGAAAACGGUUUAGGGAAUUUUUCUUGACAUAUGUAACUCGUCAUUGCUGAGUUUUAAUUCCUUCCAUCUAGAAGGUGAAUUACCUAGUCUGGCUGAUUAUCGAACAGCUGAUAUACGCUAUUGAUCUGUUGUAAAGUUUUGUGCGAUGUUCAUCGGUCACGUCCGCUGUAACGGCAAAACUCUCGACUGGGGUAUCAAUCAAGUUUAGUAAAACAAUGGAUGUUGAUGUGAAACAUGGAAAUAAUGUUUUAAGAUUUCCGUAAGUACAAUAGUAUCCUUUAAAUUGGUACUUUCACCUGCAAAUCAAGAUUGGGUGAUUGAUAGAGUGUAGAAAUUUUUAUGGAUUGUAAUGCAUCUUAGUGUGCGGGAUUCAAUUGUCAUUGAUGGCAAACUUGAUACCAAAUUUGUA